GACAUGACCUAUCUCUGUAUCUCGGCCUCGGAUUCCUCCAGUCAAAACCUGCUGCAGCAUUUUAAGGAGUGCAUCAAGUUCAUCCACGAAUGCCGGCUCGGUGGGGGAGGCUGCCUCGUCCAUUGCCUGGCGGGGGUCUCCCGCAGCACCACCAUCCUGGUGGCUUACCUCAUGACGGUGACCGAGCUGGGCUGGGAGGGCUGCCUGGCCGCCACCAAGGCCGUGAGGUCCUACGACGUCAGCCCCAACUUUGGCUUCCAGCAGCAGCUGCAGGAGUACGAGGCGACCUUGCUGCAGGAG